AUGGCAAACUAUGUUCCUAUGGAACAGGAGGCAGACGCUCUUCCGACGAAUGCUGACGACACUAUGAAGGAAGAUUCUCAGAAAAAUAACACUAAGCCAAAUACCCCAAAGAAAAUAAAAGCAUGGUUUAAAAAUAUCGGACACUCCCCUCUAACUCUUCUGCUUUUGUGGUGCCUAUUGUCAACAGCCUUGUUCAGUAUUACUGCUUGGAUUGCACAAGCAAAAUUCUCGACGAGCUCGACGCUUACAUGGCUUCGUACUUCGCAGGGUCUUCUAUCAACCUGCUCAACAAUUGCUCUUGCAAAAGCCUUUGAGUUGAUACAAUGGGCCCUGACUGGGAGAAAUGGGGGUCUCUAUUUCUUAAGCCUUCUUGGACUAACUCCAACAACUGGGGCUUGGGGAGCUACACAAAUCGUCUUCGCAAAAGGGGCGAGAAUUCUUGAUAGGCUAUGGCCUGCACUGAGACUCUUUCUAACGGCGGCUGUUUGGUUAUCUGGAGUCCUCCUUUUCGCAAAUACUUCCUUGGCGACUGGUUAUGACGCUCUAUAUUCUUAUAAUGUCACGGCUGGUGUAGGCCAGUUCAAUGGUUCAUUUGUCGAACCUUACCUGCAAAAGCUCCAAAAUCUUACUCCAGAGUAUCCAUAUCGGAUCAUAUCAUAUACCACACUGUCUACGGCCUACAAUUUAGUUGUCAAUCCGAUGCAUUCCGUUAUAAUACCGCCAAUUUCUUGCAAAGAGGAUGGAUGCGACUCGUACCUCUUAAGCGGUGGUCUCGUUAUGACGACCCCGUGGCCGCCUACUGAUCACCCAUCACAUUCUGUGAUACAAAUAUACAAUGUGCCCUCGACCCAAAUUGAAUUCAGGCGAAACAUAGACGAAGGUGAGUCCUUUCUAUAUGAUGAUUGCACUAUGUUUGGCGACCAGUCAUCCUUGAUUGGGAUAAAGCUAUGUUUGGCACAUAGUCGCAAAGUCAACGGAUCAGUGAUAGCAGCUUUAUAUGUAUGCCCUAGAGGUAUCCAAGAUGGCCAAUGCAAUGGAACAAAUCUACCUAACUUAAAAACGACAUUUACGAUUUAUAGCUGUACAGCAAACAUUGCAGCAUCACGGUCAAACUAUAGCAUUGUAUCUGUCUCUGAACUUCGCGAUCCAAUCUUAACUACUGGUAUUGAUCUCAUUGGCUUAAAAGCUGCACUAAGUUGGCUCCUUGAUUUCAAUAUGGCGGCAAUACCCCCGUCAUCAUCUAUCGCAGGGCAUUUUUGGAGCGGUCAGCAGCAACUUAGCAAUCAGUAUUGGUCUCGUGAACUGUAUCAGACCUUUCAGAGCAUUCUAACUUUCCCCCUUUGGAAAUUCAAUCCGAACAACUUCGGCAAUGUCGAGCUAUCAGCCCAGGAAAUAACACCGUCUUUGCCUCUAGAAUUCUAUACUAAAGCAGCAAUUGCCACCCCUUAUACUAGAAUCAAGCUGAACACUUCUAUGUUCAUUGCAUUUCUGGUUUUGGAAUCUGUCGUGCUCUCCUUUAUUUGGGCCGUGUUUCUGUGGCUACUUAUUAGCCGACAGAAUCUCCCUGAAAUCACGUCUUAUCCUCUUUUUGAUUUUGCCUUUAAAACAAAAUAUACAGUUCCGCCCCGUGCCUCGAGUCUGCAGGAUGUAAACAAGCCGCCAAAACAUCUACUGCGAACUAAUGAUGGGAAAAUACUUUCUGUUCUGAACGGGCUGGAAUUUUUCUUGCGAGGAAACCAGUUGGUGCCGCCACCAUUUGAGACUAUUGACAGUGUAUUCUUUGGUGAAUCAGCGCGUGAGGAACCAAACAGCCGUCAUGAUGAAGCGCUACUCUCAGAAAACGAGGACAGUCGGCUCGUCCAAGAAUACACUGCCGAACCAACCACUCUGCCUUCGAACCAUAGCAUACACAAUUUAAACACAGACUGA